UUUUCUCAGUCGAUUUUAUAUCCCCCUGUUGGCUACGAAACCUAAAACUAUAAGCUUUCAUUUUAAAUAAAAAAAAGAAAAUGAAUUUCCUUUAUCUGGUUUUGAUAACUGCCCUUUUGGCCACCAGCGAUGGCCAAUACUAUCGCCGUAAUAGGCCCCGCCGGCGCAUGCAGUCCUUUGAUGUGGCCAACAAUGGUGAAGGCGACGGAGACGAAAGUAAUGGCGAAGGAAACUCUAAUGGAAAUGGUCAUGAAAUUUGCAAUAAAAAUGGCAACGGCAAUGGUGAUGGUUGUGGUAAAGGAUCCGGCGAAGGCGAAGGCGAAGCCAGAAGCGGUUGUGGCAGAGACAAGAACCGUGGUGGUGGUGGUGGUGGUGGUGUUGGCUCUGGAGCCUGCGGCAAAGAAAAUCCCGAUCGCGUUGGUGGUUCCCCUGGAGGCUGUGGCCGUAACGAAGGCAACUCCAAUCCUUGGUCCCAGAUUGAGCGUUCCAAUAAGCUGCAGGGUAAUCCUGAAAAUGCCAAACAACACAGCUCUGGCAUUGCCAUUCAAGCAGCCAAGGAAGCCAAAAAGGCCAAUGAUGAUAUGGCACCUGCGGUAAAAGCAGCCGCCGAUAAAAUCAAAUGUGAAUAUGCUGACAAAGCCACGGCUGCUGCCAAUGCCGCCGAUGCGGUGCUCUUUGGCAAGGGUCAACUCCUCGAACAGCUCGAGGCUGAGGUUUGUAAUGCCCGGGCUUUGUUGGCACCGGAAGUCCAGAAGUUAACCACCUACGAGGAGAACGAUCAGUUGGCCAACAAGGCUCUCAGUCAGUCAAAACGGCAGCUCAAGACCCUAAGCGAUGCUCUAAAAACAGCUAAAGAAAAACUAAACACCAUGGAGCAGGUCCUGGAGGUAUGGGAAAAAUCUGUGAUGAGUGGUUGCAUUGUAAUGGAGGCUGCCCAGAAAAGAGUCAAUAAGUUAAUGACUAUACUCAACGAGGUGUUACAGGAUCGCGAGAAGACCAAGAAGGCAGCCGAAAUUGCAGCUAGAGCAGCACAGGAAGCCCAAAACCGGGUUCAGCAGAUGGAUAAUAAGAGUGAGGGCACACCAUGUCCUGACAGCGAAGAGUCCCCCGGACGCCAACGCCGUGCCUGGCAGUACUACAAUCGAAUGUUUGGGACAUAGAAAGCCGUAAAACGUCUCUGGAGAGACUAUUUAUAAUUUAUAUAUAUUUUUUAGAAGCGAUUUUUUGUGCAGCUACAUUGUUCUCUACAAACUUUUCAAACUUUAACUUUACAAAAUUAAAUUUUAAA